AUGAAUCAUCCUGGAUGCCUGAAGCUUAAACCAGGCCCAGAUAACAUUGCUAUACUAACACCACAAUCAGUAAAAGGCUGCCAUGAAGAUGUAAAGAAACUUAUUAACGAUAUUGGAGCAAUGUCAACCAAAGUUCAAGGUUUGAACCAUGUCAUUACUACAUUUUCAUCAUUUUGUAAUGGUGAUAACAGAAUAUACAUGCUUAUUAGCGAAGACAAGAAACAAGCGUUAGGAUUUGUAAAAGUUGGCACACGACACCUCUUUUUCUGGGAUCACACCGGAUCACACCGAGAAUAUACAAUUCUUGCACUUUUGGAUUUCUUUGUCGUGCCUAGUUCUCAAAGAAAAGGAUAUGGAAAAACUCUAAUUGAUAAAAUGCUUGCAACCGAAGGAAAACAAAUGAAAGACAUACCAAUUGAUAGGCCCUCUCCAUUAUGCUUAUCUUUUAUGAAAAAACACUUCGGAUUAUCCGAAUUCACUCCUCAAUCCAAUAAUUAUGUUAUAUUUGAACAGUUUUGGGGCGAUGAUGAGAAAGAAGAACAAAAUAAAGGAUCAGGUUUACCAUAUCUUGUUGGAAAAAGUCGAACACCACGAAUGGUUACUCCAACAACGACAAAACAACAGAGCUCUGCUUUUUCACAGACUAAUCAGCCAUAUGCAUACAAAGCGCGAACUCCUGUUCGACGUCUCAAUCCUAUUACAUGGCUUCCGUAUUAA